AUGAAUAGAGUUACAGUUUUGAACUAUUGCUUAGGUCUCCUGGGUUUGUUCCUGUUGCAGGGAGCGCUAAAUGCAGAGGGAAGGAGCAUAUUAAACCCUGGAAACGAUGUUUUGAAUCCAAAAGAAGACACAGAAACCCAGAGCAAGAUUCUAGCACUGUUACUACACAAGAGCUUGGUUCCUGUUGAAAAGGAUGAUCCUCUCGGUCUUGAGCUGGCCAAUAAAUUAGCUGAAUUAGAGGAGCUGCGGGCUCUCAGGGAGGACCUGGAGCUGGAGAGGGAGAUCACAGCCAAUUUGGCAGAGGGCAAAUCCAUAACUAGGAAGAGGGGUGAACCUUGCUUCUGGAAGUACUGUGUCUGACGCCGAUGCAAAAGGAGAAGGAGCACUGUGAAAUCUUGCUGCAAAGCCCAACUUAGCCUUAAGACCCAAAACACCAGUAAUAUAAUCACACUGUAUUUAUCCCAGCAAUAUGGAGUUGUACCAUAAUCAAAGUCAUCAAUAAAUGUUUCAUUUCCACUGCACCGUGGUGCUCUCAUGAGAGAUGUAAAGAGUGUGGCUGUACACAUUUAAUCUGUAAAUAAUGAGCUACUCACUGGAAAUACUUGAGGUUCAGAUAUGACAAAAUGUACUUGAUUGCAAAGACGUUUUAUUAUUUCAGCAGGGAUUUUAUUUGCUUGAUUAUGGCGCUCUCUUGUGGCAGAAUUGGGAAAAACAAUUUUUUUUUGUACCACUGCCAACAAACAUCCCAUAUGCCUCUGCUGUUCAUUUUACAAAAAUAAAUAAAACUAUGAUG